UUAUCAAUAAGUUAAAAAAAAUCAUUUUAUAAAAAAUGUCGCUGAUCGUAGAAAAUGUUCCCACAAAUUCCGAAACUGCCCAGUCAAAUGAUGUUAAUGAAAAAUACAGCAUACUGGAUAAACUUUAUAAAGGUCCUAGAAUGACGAAAGAGUAUAUCAAGAAACAUUGCAAAGAACAAAAACUCUAUCAGACCCCGCAUUUAAAUGAUGUACUUUAUCUUCAUUUUAAAGGAUUUUCUUACAUAGAGAAUCUGGAGGAAUAUACCGGAUUAAAGUGCCUCUGGCUGGAGAAUAAUGGAAUUAGACAAAUAAGUGGUUUAGAAAAUCAGAAAGAAUUAAGAAGUUUGUUUCUACAUUACAACUUAAUUAAAAAAAUUGAAAAUUUAGAAAAUUGUUCUAUACUGGAUACAUUGAAUAUAUCUAACAAUCAAGUAAAGAAAAUUGAAAAUUUAGAUUGUAUAAAAUCUUUGCACACACUGAACAUGGCCAACAAUUACGUGGAAAUCGUGGAGGAUUUUGAGCAUCUGGAAAAGCUCCUGGAGCUGUCCGUUCUGGAUUUAUCCAAUAAUCACGUGGACGAGCCGCUAAUCGUCCAGACAUUGGGAAAAAUGCCCGGUUUGAGAGUGUUGAAUUUGAUGGGUAACCCGGUAAUAAGGAAAAUACCGGCUUACCGAAAGACGAUCAUCCUAGCAUGCAAAGAUUUGCAGUAUUUAGAUGACAGACCUAUUUUUCCUAGAGAGAGAGCAUGUGCAGAAGCAUGGGAAAGAGGUGGGAUAGAGGAAGAACACGCUGAAAGACAGAGAUGGAUAGAUAAAGAAAGACAACGAAUUAUGGAUAGCGUUAACGCUCUGAUAUCUAUGAGAGAUCGUUACAGAGCUCAGAGACAACGAGAAGAAAAUGCCCAAAAUCCAGAUAGCGGUUUUUGCACUUCCGCAGUGGAUUCAGAAAGCGAUGCGGAAAGUUUGUUUCAGCAUAAUUUGAGCAGUAUAAAUCUAACUACUCAGAAUGAUUCGGCAAGUGUUUUAGCUGAAACCAACUAUUCUCGAACCGAUACCGAAGCAGAACUCUCUUCAGAUGAAGAAAGAGAAGAAUCGAAUUACAACUACGGUCACGAAACAUCGCGAUCUUCUGAAAACGAUUCCAAUUCAAACUCUGACAACAAUUCUGACGAUUUCAUGAGAGAUCGACAACCAAAUGAAGAUUAUUCACAGUAUCGAUCAAGAAUAUUUGAUUACUCAAGGAAAAGUUCACCAAAACCAAGGAAAUCUUUGGUCGUUGAAAUCGACCAACCCAGCACCAGUCAACAUACAUUUGAUGAGCAAAAUGAUAAUAAAGAUAAUGCAAAAGAUAUAAUUAAAAGGCAGAAUGAAGAAUCGUUUCAAAUGGUUAUUAGUGAUAUAUGCAAAGCUGUUGGAUAUCAGAAUAAUACAAAAUCAGAAAAUAACUUUACUGAUUCGACAAAUAAAACAAAUAUUAAGAACGCUGGUAAUGAUAAUACAUCAGAAAAUAUUGUAGAUGAUACAUUAGCAUCUUCAAGAUCAAAUGAUUCAUUCAUAAUUGAAGUUAGUAAACCCAGUUCAAGUCAACCAUCCUUGGCGGAAUAUCAAAAACAGACACACUCAAAUGAUUAUAUGAACGACACUUCACAAAUAAAUAAACCUUUGAUAGUUGAGAUCGACGAGUGCAGUAUAAGUCAACCGUUAUCUGCGGAGGAAGGAUAUGAUAUAACCAAUAAAGAGGAUGAAGAAGUAGUUCAAACCGUCAUUGAUAAUAUAUGUAAAGCUAUUGAAUGUUCCAAUGAAACCGAAUUGAAACAAACCAAAAAUACUAUACCAAUAUCUAUAAAUGAUACGAUCGAAAUGGUUGAUGAUUCUCAUGAAUCCCAUGAUAUAAUUUAUUCUAAGGAUAACAUAGAUACAGAAAUACUUGAUGGUAACGAUGAUAAGUUCUCCAAAGAACUGUACAUACGGUUAGAAAAACUAGAUGAAAGUAAAACUAAUCCUAUGAUUAAUAGCAAGUGUGAAAUCUGUUUACCUAAACAGUGUAACUGUAACAUUAUUUCCGAAGAUGAUAUCAAAAAGAACAUUGAAAAAGAAAUAGGUUCAAAACAGUUAUGUAUAAAACUAGAGAAGUUUGAUGAAGGAGUUACCCAAAAUAAUUGUGAUAAAUGCUGUUGUGUUGUACAGGAAGAAAAUAAUGACACUGUAAUACAGGACAUAUGCACAAAUGAUGAUAUUAUGAAUCAUAAUGAAUCUGAAUCUUCCCUAGAAUUAUCGGAUGCAUUAGACCCACAGAGUUCAGCUGAUGAUAUAGACAUAGAACAUCUUAUAUAUUUCAGAAAAAAAUGUGAUGAUUGUCAAGUUGAUAAAUGUCACUGUCACUUUUGUGAAGGAGGAAACGAGGAAAAUGAAGAAGAUAUCGAAAUAAUGGAGAGAAAACCGAAAAGCGUUUAUACAUGCCGCAAAUCUGAUGUAACCCAUGAAAACCAGACUAGUAACAGCAUCACUGAUGAGAUAAAUGAGCCAGACCAACAGACCCUUUCGCAAAAUGAGAAGCAACUUCCUCUAAAUAGCAGUUUUGUGCACGACAUUGAUCGAUCCGAUCUAAAUAUUUUUGAAAUUCCUGAUGAAAUUGGAGAGGGAGAUUUCACUGUACAAGUUAAAACCAAGGAAGAGCUUCAAACGAGCUUAUACGGCGAAAUAUCGAAGAAACAAGAUGAUUUGCAUGAAGACAGGAGUUACAGGGAGUUACUUACAUGGAAAAUCAACGUUCCUAGAGAAAAUCGUAUUAUUCUGGAACCCAUUGAUAGAAAAAAACGGCAGGAAGAGGAAAACGCUUUUAAAGACGAACUCUGCGAGCUGUUGCUUCUGUCAAGCAAAGAAGAAAAACCGGAAUUUGAAAUAAAGCCGCCUAAGAAUAUUGCCGAAGAAAACGAUAAGAUCAUUUACGCUAGGAACACCACUGAAAGUAUUUGCUCCAGGAGUGCAUGUAAAGAAACCGAAACUAAAAUUGAUGAAGAUCAAGAUAAUUCUUCAAUCAUACAUAAGGUUUUGAAGAUGUCGAAAAAUUAUCCAGUGUUCAACCAGAGAGAUGGUGAGAUAAUCAUGGACGAAGAAGGAAUUUCUGAAGAUUCCGGAAAUAACGCACGAAUCGUAUGUAACACUAUAUCGGAAGUUAGAGAAGAAAUCAAGGCGUUUAAUAAAAGUUUCGACGAAUUUACCAAGAAAAGCAAGCUAGCUAGAGAAAAAAUCAUGGAGGACUACACAGACGCAUUGAGAAAAGAAGAAAAAAUAUUAAAAAAAUUCAUGGCAAUAGAAGAAGAAUCUCAAGCCAAAAGAAGAGAAUUACCGAGAAUGAAAAGACCCAGAGAAAAAGUUGAAAUAACUGAUGAGUAUUUGAAGAAGCAUUUCAACGACAUGGGAAUGUUUAUGCCCGAAGAUCUGGAAGAAAAGCCUUUUUUAUUAACUCCCUAUUUAUUCACAAAAAGUCCAGUCACCGCUGAUACCACAGAAGAAAUAUGUGAUGAUAAUGAAUCGAUACAAGAACUGAAAAAGCAGUUAGAAAUUAUAAAGGAAAUGGUCGAAAAAGAAGAGGAGGAAGAGAAGAAGAUAAAAUUAGAAGAAAUCGAGCUAAAUGAGAUUGGUGUAACUAAUGUAGAGAAUGAGUCUGACGAAAAGAAAAUUAUAAAGAGAGAAAUUACAUGUUCUUUAGAGAUGCAGCUGGCACAAAACAAGAAAUAACUGAUUUAGAAUUAUCAUUAAGUCUUCACCUUAACUAGAUUUGACUGUCUGUGUCAAUAUAAAAUUCACUGCAUUUUCUCAUAGUCUAAGAGCUAGCAACGUUUUCGAGAAAGUACUUUAAGACGUCUGGCUCUUUGAUAUAUCUUUUACUAUGCUCUACAGGCUGCCGAUACACGUUGCGUUCACUACUGCGCAUCGGAAGAAGAUUCUAUAUUUUUUAUUAAUUUAGUCCUAUAAGUUCUAAUAUUGAAUAUAAAUCGAACAUGUCUCCAUAUCGCAGUGCGUAGAGUUUCUGACCACGAACCGUUGAUUUAGAGUUCGAAUCCGAGUCAGGGCAAAUACUUUUUUAUAUUAUUUUCGUUUAUAUUCUGAUAGUAAAGUAUUAAGUAAUUCUGAUGAUUCAAAAAACCAAAUAUUUAAUACUUUACUAUCAGAAUAUAAACGAAAAUAAAAUAAAAGUCUUUGCCCUGACCCGGAUUCGAACUCUGAAU